AUGUCAUCGUACCGAGAGCUGUUUCACGAUUUCGUCAGCAUCAGCCCAAAUCCUAUUACAACUGUGGACAAACAUACCUUCGAAGCGAUCAGUAAAGGCAAUAUAAUGAUCCAACUGCCAAAUGGAGAGUCAAACACUCGAAUACUUCUGAAGGAUGUUCUUUACGCACCAAAGAUGGGCGUAACCCUCGCAUCUAUCAGCUGGCUCACCACAGCAGGAUACGCUGCGCUGUUUCGUGAAAACUCUUGCAAGAUU